AUGGCCACCAGUGUCGAACCCGAGUUCUUGAAGCAGUGCGUUUACGCUCCGCAGGGCCAUCGGGCAUUCGUAGGUCCGCCUGAGAAGUUCGACUUGAUCGCCGCCUCUCAGUUUCACUUGCUGUCGUUGCUGGGGCUUCGAGAAGAACACCGGAUGCUCGACAUCGGGUGCGGCUCGCUUCGCGGUGGUCGACUCUUCAUCACGUACUUGCUUCCCGGUCACUACUACGCGAUCGAACCUGAGCAGUGGUUACUCGACGCCGGCAUCGAGCACGAGCUGGGCCGCGACAUGUUGCAGUUGAAGCAGCCGAAGUUCAGUAACGAUGCCGGGUUCACGCUGACGGUGUUCCGUAAGCAGUUCGAUUUCCUCUUAGCACAAUCCAUCUUCUCGCACGCCGCUCCGAGCCAGGUACGACGUUGUCUCUCGCAGGCGAAGUUAACGUUAUCGGACAACGGCAUAUUCGCCGCGACCUACAUCCCAGGCAUGACGAGCUACGAAGGUGAAUCGUGGGUCUACCCCGGCCCGGUCGAAUACACUUUCGACGAUCUAUAUCGCAUGGCACAGUCGGUCGAUCUGGCCUGCAUUCCGCUCGAUUGGGUGCACCCAAACGGGCAACGAUGGGUGGCGUUCUACCAUCCGACGCGUCGUCCGCCGACACUCGAACUGCCCCAGGCUCCACGUCCUGCUGCGGUCGAGUUGGUGCGCUGCCCGGAGAAGCCGACGGAGACCGAAACCCGCCGGCUAGCCAAGCUCAGGCGGAAGGCUCAAUCGCUACUGCGGCGAUUCUCGCAUACUCACGAAAGCGAACGAGCGGGGCUUUGCAAGCCUAUCGCAGAUCGGGGCGUCGUGUGUCGCCGCGAGCGGCCCCUUUCAUCUGGUAAACCGAAUCGAGGAGUCGACGUCAUGAGACGUGCGAAGAUUACCAUUGUUGGCGCGGGCAACGUGGGGGCCACCACGGCCCAUUGGUGUGCGGUCGCCGAGUUGGGCGAUAUCGUAUUGCUCGACAUUCCGCAGACCGAAGACAUGCCCAAGGGCAAAGCGCUCGACCUGCGUCAAUCUUCGCCCAUCGUUGGGUUCGAUUCCGACAUCGUCGGCACCACCGACUAUGCCGACACCGCUGGUAGUGACGUGGUUGUGAUCACCGCCGGCCGGCCCCGCACUCCCGGGAUGAGCCGCGACGAUCUGCUGUCGGUCAACGCCAAGAUCGUGGCCGCCGUCACCACCGAGGUGAAGAACACCAGCCCCGACGCGAUCAUCAUCGUCGUCAGCAACCCGCUGGAUGCCAUGGUGCAACGGGCGUUGCAAGUUAGCGGUUUCCCGCCGCAACGGGUUCUCGGUCAAGCCGGUGUUCUGGACACCGCACGUUACCGAACCUUCCUGGCCAUGGAACUCGGUGUGAGUGUCGAAGACAUCUCCGCUCUGCUGAUGGGUGGUCACGGCGACACCAUGGUGCCCAUGCCAAGCUGCACAUCAGUCGGCGGUAUUCCGAUCACCCGACUACUCGACGAGAAGAGGUUGGAAGAGAUCGUCGAUCGCACCCGCAAGGGUGGAGCCGAGAUCGUUGGCCUGCUGAAGACCGGCAGUGCCUAUUACGCUCCCGCAGCUGCGUCGGCCCAAAUGGUCGAGGCAAUCGUCCGCGACAAGAAGCGGGUCAUUCCUUGUGCGGCUUACUGCGACAAGGAAUACGGCGUCGGCGGUUACUACGUUGGCGUUCCGGUCGUGCUUGGUUCCGGUGGUGUCGAGAAGAUCGUUGAACUCGAUCUCACCGAACAAGAGCAAGCCGACUUCAACAAGAGCGUCGACGCGGUGAAAGAACUCGUCGCCGCCAUGGAGUACUUACGCUGGGAAGUUGGCGUGACUCAAAAGUGGACGGGGCUCACCGCAGUGAUAAUCACCUUCGCGGCAGCAAUCUCCUCGGCUGGCUUCGCGGGCUGCGUCGCUGAUUCCGCCAACCCACUUCCCUUGCUUUAUGGCUCGAAGCCUAUGCCACUUGUCGGCGCGCAACCCUUUGCUGCUAGCACCGCUCCGAUCGAUCUUGCCGCACCGAAAGUCGAACGAGCUGAAGAAAGUACCCCUCCCUCGCAGUUGCCCGAAGUCGAUGCGUUUCCCUCUGCGCUCCAGCCAGAACAACCCCUUCGCGGUUGGACGCACAUUGUGUUUCACCACACGGCCACCGGCGGCGGCGACGUUGAAGCCAUCGAUUCUGUGCAUCGUGAAAGAACAGACGAAGCCGGAAACCCCUGGUUGGGCAUUGGCUACCACUUUGUGAUUGGCAAUGGAAACGGUAUGCCCGACGGCUUGGUUGAACCGACCUUCCGUUGGAAAGAACAACUGCACGGUGCCCAUGCCGGCGACCGCGCACACAACGAAACCAGUAUUGGAAUUUGCUUGGUAGGCGACUUCGAACAAGGGCCGCCUACCGAACGUCAACUAGCUUCCCUCGAACAACUGGUGUCCAUGUUGCGAGACCAGUUGGAUAUUCCGUCCGAACGUCUUCUGGGCCAUGGUGAAUUGAAAGCUACCGCCUGCCCUGGACGUUUUUUCCCGCUUGAAGAAGUGAUCGCGCUAUCAGAUAAGAAGCAUUCUCCGGAAGGGAAUGCUGUUCCCCUCGAACCGACUGUUGAGCAGGCUGUUUACUCGACCGACGAAACCCGCAAUCCCAGUGCGGUGUUUGCACCUUUACAUUACGAACCCAAUUACGCGUAUCCUCUGUUGGUUUGGCUGCACGGGCCGCAAGACAACGAAACUCAACUCCGCCGAAUCAUGCCCACGGUGAGCAUGCGGAACUAUGUGGCCGUUUCCCCGCGCGGCAUUACCCCCAUGCAUCGGGGCAAACGCAAAGCCCCUCUCGCCACCUGGGACACUUCUCCCGAAAGCCUUGCGACCGCCUCCGCACGGGUGUUCGAAAGCAUCGAGAAGGCCUGCGUUCGAUUCAAUGUCGCCCCGCAUCGUGUCUUUCUGGCCGGUUUUGAUCGCGGUGGGUCGAUGGCCUUCCGCAUCGCGCUGGCUCACCCGCGUCGUUUCGCCGGAGUGUUGUCGCUAGGCGGCGGAUUACCCGUCGGCGGGCCGCUGCUCUCAAGGCUUUCCGAGGUCCGCUCGCUGCCGGUGUUUUUCGCCAGCGGGAAAGACAGCGAAGAUUGCCCCCCGGAGCGGGUUUGCUCCGACCUGCGUUUGUUCCACUCCGCGGGAAUGGAUGUCACCCUGCGGCAAUAUCCCUGUGGACAAGAGCUGACCGCGCAGAUGCUCACCGAUAUGGAUCGCUGGAUGAUGGAUCUGGUCACCCAGGGCGUUCUUUCGCCUUGGGGUUCUUUUUUUGGAAGACGAUCGGAUGAGAUUUCCUUGCACAACGAUGGCCACUCGGUGGUCGAAUGCGGUAACGGGCCUGUUGCUACCCGCGCCGGCCAGGGGCCGGCAGUUGGCGUAGCAGUCGUUCCUCACCAUUCGCAUUCCAAACACAUAACAAGGCGGUCUAUACCCAUGAGCCAACCUCGUAACAUCACCAUCUUCGAUACCACGCUCCGCGAUGGCGAACAAUCGCCCGGUGCGAGCAUGAAUCACAACGAGAAACUGGAAAUCGCUCAGGCCCUGGUCGACCUGGGAGUCGACGUGAUCGAGGCCGGUUUUCCCAUCGCAUCGCGAGGCGAUUUCGACGCCGUAAAGGCCAUCUCAGAGUCGAUCAAGGGCGCCGUUAUUUGUGGGUUGGCUCGCUGCAACGACGCCGACAUCGACCGCGCCUGGGAGGCCCUGCAACACGCAGAACGCUCGAGGAUUCACGUCUUCCUGGCAACCAGUGCCAUCCAUCGCGAAUUCAAACUCAAGAUGGACAAGGAAGAAAUCAUCGCUCGUGCCGUGGCCGGGGUGCGUCGUGCGAAAGGCUACUGCGACGAUAUCGAAUUCUCGCCUGAAGAUGCGGCACGGACCGAGUUGGACUUUCUCUGCGAAGUGGUUGAAGCCGCCAUCGACGCCGGCGCCACCACGGUGAACAUUCCCGACACAGUCGGUUAUGCCACGCCCGCACACAUGCACCGCCACAUCGCCACCCUCGUCGAGCGUGUGCCCAACAUCGACAAGGCGGUGAUCAGCGUCCACUGCCACAACGAUCUGGGGUUGGCUGUGGCCAAUAGCCUUGCAGCAGUCGAGGCCGGGGCGGGACAAAUCGAGUGCACCGUCAAUGGCAUUGGUGAACGUGCUGGGAAUUGCUCGCUCGAAGAAAUCGUGAUGGCACUUCGCACGCGAGGUGAUCACUACAACGCCGACACUGGGAUCAACACCAAGCGAUUGGUUCCCACGAGCCGCCUGGUGUCGAACAUCACUGGCAUGCAGGUGCAGCGGAACAAGGCCAUCGUCGGACGAAACGCCUUUGCCCACGAAGCCGGAAUCCACCAAGACGGCAUGCUCAAAGAACGCACCACCUAUGAGAUCAUGCGGCCCGAGGAUGUCGGCUUCGCCAAAACAGAUCUCGUGCUGGGCAAACACAGCGGGCGGGCUGCUCUGGUCGAUCGGGCCAAGAGCCUCGGCUAUCACCUCACCGACGAACAGGUGAAGGUCGUGUUCGAGCAACUCAAAGACCUGGCCGACAAGAAGAAGGAAAUAUACGACUCCGAUCUCACGGCUCUCAUCGAACAAGAGAUGCGAGACGUGUCGCAGGUGUGGACCUUCGUCUCGCACCACAUCGAAGCCUCCUCGGGUGCCACGCCGAAGGCUUCGUUGGUCGUACGGCGUGGUGAAGAAGAACUCACGGCCGAGGUGGCCUCGGGCGAUGGUCCCAUCGAUGCCAUUUUCCUGGCGAUCGAGCAGGUCACCGGCAUCCAGGUGGUCUGCAAAGACUUCCAGGUGCACAGUGUGUCGAUGGGCAAAGACGCGCAGGGCGAGGUCUCCGUCGAGGUGGAGUACCAGGGAAGCCUUUACCGAGGGCGAGGUGUGUCGACCGAUAGUGUCGAGGCCAGUGCGAAGGCCUUCCUGGCGGCCAUCAACCGCAUUGCCGUCAACCCAAAAGACGCCCAAGCGAGCGACGUCAAAGCCUCGGCCACCGUGUGA